GUUCUCCUUCCCAGGACAGGUCCGCCUUUCCGCUUCCUUAAGCCGAGGGUUCGCCCGCCUCCCUGCGGGAAUCUUCUAGGUGCGCGCCAAGUGCAUUGUGGGAAGGGACCGUUAGCUGGGCGUGAGCCGGCAAGAUGAUGCCCACACCUGUGAUCCUGCUGAAGGAGGGCACGGACACCUCUCAGGGAGUCCCACAGCUGGUCAGUAACAUCAAUGCCUGCCAGGUCAUUGCAGAGGCGGUCCGCACCACCCUCGGCCCCCGGGGCAUGGACAAGCUCAUUGUCGAUGACAGAGGGAAAGCGACCAUCUCCAACGAUGGGGCCACCAUCCUGAAACUUCUAGAUGUGGUGCACCCUGCUGCAAGGACACUAGUGGACAUCGCCAAAUCACAGGACGCAGAGGUUGGUGAUGGCACCACUUCGGUCACCCUCCUAGCUGCUGAAUUCCUCAAGCAAAUCAAGCCUUACAUAGAGGAAGGCCUGCACCCUCAGAUCAUCAUUCGGGCCUUUCGCACUGCCACUCAGCUGGCCGUCAGGAAGAUCCAGACAAUUGCAGUCACCAUCAAGAAGACGGACUUCGAGGAGUUCAAAGGUCUUUUGGAGAAGUGCGCUGCCACCGCCCUGAGCUCCAAGCUGAUCGCCCAGCACAAGGACUUCUUCGCCAAGAUGGUGGUGGACGCCGUCAUGCUGCUGGACGAACUCCUGCAGAUCAAGAUGAUUGGGAUCAAGAAGGUGCAGGGAGGAGCCUUGGAAGAUUCCCAGCUGGUGGCUGGUGUGAGCCCUCAAAGAAGAAGGAAACCUUCUCUUAACGGCUUUGAAGGCUUUGAGAUGCAGACCAAGAAAUACAAGUCACCCAAGAUUGCCCUGUUGAACGUCGAAUUGGAACUCAAGGCCGAGAAAGACAACGCCGAAGUUAGAGGAGUCCCUACAACAGCGAUGGAGGACUACCAGGCCAUUGUGGACGCCGAGUGGAACAUCUUGUACGACAAGCUCGAGAAACUGCACACCUCAGGCGCCAAAGUGGUGCUUUCCAAGCUGCCCAUCGGCGACGUGGCCACGCAGUACUUUGCCGACAGGGACAUGUUCUGCGCUGGGCGGGUGCAGGAAGAUCUCAAGAGAACCAUGAUGGCCUGUGGAGGAUCCAUCCAGACCAGCGUCAGCGCCCUGACCCCUGACGUCCUGGGGCAUUGCGCACUCUUUGAGGAGGUGCAAGUUGGAGGAGAGAGGUAUAACUUUUUCACGGGCUGCCCCAAGGCCAAGACCUGCACGAUCAUCCUGCGCGGCGGGGCAGAGCAGUUCAUGGAGGAGACGGAGCGUUCCCUCCACGACGCCAUCAUGAUUGUCAGGAGAGCCAUCAAGAACGACUCUGUCGUGGCCGGCGGAGGGGCCAUCGAGAUGGAACUGUCCAAGUACCUCCGCGACUACUCCCGGACCAUUCCGGGCAAGCAGCAGCUGCUGAUCGGGGCGUACGCCAAAGCGUUGGAGAUCAUUCCUCGCCAGCUCUGCGACAACGCCGGCUUCGACGCCACCAACAUCCUCAACAAACUGCGAGCCAAGCACGCACAGGGCGGGAUGUGGUAUGGCGUGGACGUGAGCAACGAGGACAUCGCCGACAACUUCGAAGCUUUCGUGUGGGAGCCAGCCGUGGUGCGCAUCAACGCUUUGACAGCGGCUGCCGAGGCCGCGUGUCUCAUCGUGUCCGUGGACGAAACUAUCAAGAACCCCCGCUCGACGGUAGACGGGCCCCCUGCAGGCCGCGGCCGAGGGCGAGGCCCCCCACAACCAUUAAGGGGUGGCUCUGCCGGCAUGGGGUGGGGAGGGGGGGAAGUUUGGCAGUUGAGAGGCGAUCUGUCUGGUAAAUUACAAACCAGUAGGCACUUCUUACACUGGAGGAGGAGGGGAUUGGGUUUGGUAUGUUUCCACUUUUGAUGGGGGGAACGGCCGUUGCAGAACUGCUCUUCUUUCUCACAAUAUGCAAAGUGUGGCAAAUCCCCAGAGCUGCCCACCCUUCGCAUACAAGUUUAGAGAGCCUGGAUCACAUCAGCCUCUCCUCCUCCUCCUCCUCCCCCCGCCCCAGAUCUUCUUCCAAGUUCCUCUUUGGCCAUCAGUUUCAAAGCUUCAGCCCCCCCAACGUCUGUAACGUCAGCAUAUUGCUGGAAGGGUCGGGAGGUCGGCUGCUGACUGUAUUUAUUUGUCUUUGUGCUGGUGGGCGUGAGCCCUGACGCCAACCAAAUAAACAGUUUGAAACCCUG